AUGUUACCUUUAUACUUAUUGACCAACACUAAAGGUCAACAAAUGUUUAUAGAAUUGAAGAAUGGUACAACUAUUCAGGGUACUUUGACAAAUGUGGACAAUUGGAUGAACUUAACAUUGUCAAAUGUUGUGCAAGUUGAUAACUCCGAACCUAACGAAGAUGGUAAGGUUGAAAAAAUCACUUUAGAACAAAUUUAUUUAAGAGGAACUCAUAUCAAGUAUAUUAAUCUACAGGAUGAUAUUAUCGAAAAUGUUAGACAACAAAUUAACUCUAAUAAUAAUAACAACAACAACCAGAAUAAGAGAAACUCUAACAACAGAAGAGCAUACAACAACAAUAAUAACGAUUCAAGAAGACCAUACAAUAACAACAAUAGAAAGCCAUACCCAAACAGAAGGCAAUACAAUAAUGAUAAUAAUUAUAACAACAACAAUAAUAAUAGCAAUAGUGGUAGAGGUGGUUACGUCCAGCAUCAUCGUACUUCAGAAAAUAUUCAAAAUGAACUCAAUCAAACUUUUCUAGUUCCACAGCAACAACAACAACAAAAUCAUAUGCAACAGCAGCAGAUUCAACAACAAUCUGUACAAUUUUAG